GCCGUCGACUUCGAUUGCAACACACAAUGUCGGCCCAACUCGUAUACCGCAGCCUGUGGCGAUCAACGCGCGUCGCGUUCGAAGGCGAUGCGAACAUGCUGUCUGCGGCGCGCGCCGAGGUGCGCAAGGCAUUCGAGAGCAACCGCCAUCUGAAGGCCGGCGGCGAGGACACCCAGGCGAAGCUCGCCCACGGAUCUGAAGUUGCCGCGUUUCUGAGGGAGAACGUGGUGCAGGGCGAGGCUCAGGAGGGCGACAACUACAAACUGCGGAUACACAAGGACACCGAGCGCGGGAACAACGAGGAUAUCAAGAAGAAUAUGGGCAAGACUACAUUGGGGAGCGGCAAAAAGUGCUGCUCGUCUUAAACUGCUUUCAAGCUGCCAAAUGUGAUACCCAUGCG